CUUCCCGGCGCUGUCCUCCCGACCUGCUCAGUUGGUAGGAAAUGCCUCCCUGGCCGGCGUGGUGACAGCAGCGGGAGGAGAUCGUGCUGCGCCUCUGGGUGGCUCCCAGCCUCUCGGAGGAGGCCCCAGGUAGAAAGACGGAUGCUACUGCCUCAGGUCCCAGCCGAAGCCCAACCUGAAGACUGGACUGAAGCUGGCGGUGCAUCUUCUUAGCUCCCUCUUUGUCCUGGGUCUUCCUGCCUUCACUUGAGUACCAAACCCGAACCCGGAAGAGGUGAGGUGGUGACCUCAGCAUGAGCGCGUGUCAUGGUUGAGAUAAGCCCUGCCUUCUCCGAGCAGCCAUGUCUGAAGGGGAGAGCAAGGACAGCUCGGGCAGCGAGUGCCCCGUGUGCUACGAGAAAUUCCGAGACCUGGAGGGCGCCAGCCGGACGCUGAGCUGCGGCCAUGUGUUCUGUCACGACUGCUUGGUCAAGUACUUGCUCUCCACCCGGGUGGAUGGGCAGGUGCAGAGGACCAUCAUCUGCCCCAUCUGCCGCUAUGUCACCUUCCUCAGCAAGAAGAGCUCCCGCUGGCCCUCCAUGCUGGACAAGAGCUCACAGACCCUGACUGUGCCCGUGGGCCUGGCCGUGCCCCUGCCCUCCGGGCCCUCCCCGGACCGUGCAGGCCACACGAACCCCUUGGCCACUUCCCAGCCGGUCUGGAGGUCAUCCUCAGGCCAGGGGGCCCAGCUGCCCUUGGACCUGCUGCCCAGCCUGCCCCGAGAGUCGCAGAUCUUCAUCAUCAGUCGCCACGGGAUGCCCCUGGGGGAGCAGGACAGCGUGCUGCCACGGCACAGCCUGGCCGAGCUCUCGGAGGUGUCCCCGGCCCCCAGCACCACCCGCUCCUUCUGCUGCCGGUCGCGGGCGCUUCUGCUCAUCACCCUCAUUGCGGUGGUGGCGGUAGUAGCUGCCAUCCUGCCCUGGGUGCUGCUGGUGAGGAAGCAGGCGUGAAUGGCAGCACCUGGCAAGACCACAGAAGGAGGCCUGGCCUGAGUGCUGCGCUGGCCGUGGCUUGGGCAGGAAUGGACUAGGUGCGCCGACGCUCUGAGGGUGGGCUGAGGCAGAGAGGGGUGUGGGGUGGGGCUCGACUGGCUUUCCCCUUACACACACACACACACACACACACACACACACAUCCCAGCAAGGGCUUGGGCAGACAGGGAGGCUGGGGGCUGGAGAUCCCUGAGGCUAGAACUGAGCUGAGAUGCCCACGUGUGGCUUCAGUGUAUGUUCUUGGCCAGUACCCCUCCUCCAGGCUGGAAUUGAGCAAGCUGGGAAGACGGCUGGUCACUGCCCUCUUAUGGGCACCUUACCUGCCAGGUGACCUCGCUGAAGCCAGGUGGGCCCCCUGGGGACAGAAAAGCCAAUGGCAGACCUUGUAUGGGCCAGAAAUCACACCUAGGAUUCUGUCCUUUGCCCUCUGGAACAAGCAGAGGUUGGUUUGGAAGGUUAGGUAAUGGUUUCCUGGAAUGCUGGCCCCACACAUGACCCUCGUAGCCGUCCAGCCCCAAGCCCACCCUGCCUCCAACCCACUGUUCUGGAAUGUCUUCCCUGAGUGAGAGGCUGAUCUCAGGGCCAGUGGCUCAGGAAGAAGCAAUGCAGAAGGAGCCGCAGAGAGCGCAAGAGGCAAACAGGAUUGUUGACCAGAGGCCCAGGUCAGAGGAAUGACCACAAACAGAGCUGGAGCUUUUCCAGAGCCCUCCAGGCCCAAAGAGUGGGCCAGAUUUUGAGGCUUGGGGUUCUCCAGGCUGGAGCAAAAGGCAGGGAGAGGACGCUUGACAAGGUGAGACCUGAGUCACCUGAGAAUUAUGUGGGCAAAUUAACCCCUGAGGGCUCCCGCCUCCCUCCCUGCCCAAGUCCUCCUCCCCAUGACCCAGCCACUCAUCAGAGGCCACACUAGCCAGGCCAGUUUCCCAGGCAGAUUCACAGGCUGAGCUGGGUGAGGAAGGGUGGGAAGGAAAACAGCUGUGCUUGUCAGGGACUCUGCUGUCUCAACAAGUGCUGAGAGCCGGGUGCUGUGAGCUGCUCCCCACCAGGGCCUAUUUAUCUGGGGACCAUAACUGAACCAGCUGGGGACCCUUGAUGAGACACCCGAGAAAAGCCUUGGGCGGGGUUGAACUGGGCUCCUCUGAGGAACAACUAUUUGGGAGCAGUUAUUGGCUGUAAACUGAGGCCCAUAGUCAGUCAAGGCCUUAUGACACUAGAACAACAACAGCAGAAGCCCCAGGCCAGCACCCCAGGGGUAGAGCAGCUGAGCCCCCACAAUCUGUACCUCCCCUUAUCGAAGUUUGCUAUCUGGCUGUGGCUGCACCAUUUGGAAGUCAUUACGGAGCGGGGUCUACACCACGGGAUAUUUAUGACAUGCAGGGGGCUGUCUUAAAGCACGGACUUCCAAGACCAGAGAAGAGAGCAGGUGCUACGGGGGAGGGCAGGAUUCAGGGACAAUAUUUAUUAUAGGAGCAAAAAUAAUGUUAACUUCACAAAGACUCUAAUAAGUCUGUCUUCACCUCAGCCAGGCUGCUUUAAACAGUGUCAUAAAUUUCUAGGGACCUGAUUUGAGUCUUUUCAACUGCUGUUGUGUCUGCCAAGGGUUUCUUUCCAAAGACCCACAGUGUUUGCAUAUCCUUUACCUCGCAGAUGACACUUCUUUUAUUUUCAAAGAAUGUCAAAAGCUAUUUUUUAAAUAAAAGCUAUGUAUUUUCUCAAAGAUCCAGGGACAUUGUAAUGUAUGUGGGAAGCUCCAGGUUUGGACUUAUAGGAUAAUUCAUGUUAAAUGAAAAAGACGGUUUAAAAACAGAAACGGAAAUGGCCCUUAAACAUUGAUUCAACCACCAUUGUAAAAGAAAUGCAAAUUAAAAUUUCU